AUGUGCCAGUGUGAACCGCACAAAGCAGUGCUCUGGGUUGACAACGCAGUACCACCUCUACCGGGCUUUCGGGAUCACCUCGAAGUACAAGUUGCAAUGUGCGAAGGAUCUCUUCCUCAUACCGCACACGGCGCUCGGAGUGUGCUUGGAAAUCCUCUUCAUCUUCGCCCUCUGCAUCGGGAAUCGAGGCAUUCUUCAGUGCAGAAAACCCUACGAAUCCAUCUCACACCUGAACGGCACACCUUAAACCCCAAAGCCUGA